UGUAUGGGCGACGGAAAUUAUCUUUGUAGCCCAAAAUCGAACAAAAGGCGACAACGUAUAGUUUCGUUGCCCAAAGAUCUGAUUUUGUGCGACAAGAACAUUUUCUGUAGCCCAAAACAGUUUAUGGACGACAAUGUAGAAAUCCGUUGCCCAAAAUUUUGUUUUUGGCCACGAAAUUUAAUUUUGUUGUCUUUAACCAUGUUUGUGCAACAACUUCCCUUCAUUUCGUUGCCCAUUGUAAAUGAAUGGCCCAACCAACAAUUUAAUUCUCGUUGCCCUUACCCAAAAAAAGGCGGAAAAACUAUCCCGCUUCUUAUUUCCCACUACUCCAUGACCUACUUCAAGCUUCCAAACGCACAAACAUGUUACAGAACUGUGUAACUCCUCCUUUUUCUUCCCCUCUUUCUCCGUUGAUAAAACUCAUGAUUAAAUCCCCAUUUCAAGUGCCCCCAAUUCAAUUAGUCUCUCCGAUGUCAUAAGGGAUCCACUUACUAUAAGUGUCGCCGAUAAUUGGAGUAAAUCCGGUGCUAAUGAUUCAAAACCCUGAAAACCUUUUGAUUCUGAGCUUGUGAACGAUAUCUACCGGAAGGAGUUACUCUUGAAAUCAGGAGGAAAACUGGUGUCGUUGCGUAAAGUUAUGAUUCUAGAGAUUAGUCAGUAUUUGGAGAAUUAUCUUUGGCAUUCUUUUGAUUCGGAAACUGCUAGUUUUGAGCAUGAUAUGUCGAUGAUACUUAUGAUUAAUGAGAAGUUUAGAGAGAAUGUGGCAGCUUGGGUGUGUUUUCAUGAUAGGAAAGAUGUGUUCAAGGCAUUUUUGGAGAGUGUUCUUCGGCUUAAAGAUCAGCCUUGCAGGGGAAUUUAUAUGACUGGGAAUAGUUUGAUUGGUGCAGCAAUCAAAGCUCCUAGAAUCACCUCCAAAAAUCUCACAUCAGAGUCAUCCAUCCAAACUUAUGCUCGCAGUCCACCGAUGAAGAGAUAUCUUGUGAUGUAGACAUUGACAUGGAUGAGCAAACAAAAAGUGCUAGAGAUACACUACUGCAAAGAGCAUUGUCCUCAAAAGGUUCGGAUACAAAUUGGAUCGAGCCAUCAAUGGUUUUUACGAGUGGAAAUUAACACAGUCUCCUGGAUGGGGGAGAGUUCAUGAUGCUUUUAGUCUCUUGCAGACUGAGCCUAGUGUUCAGGUAAUCUCAAAUUGUACUGCUUUUCUUCCUAUACAGAGUCUGGCCAUGCUUUUAAUUACACCAAAAUCUGGUCAAUUUUACCAAUAAUUUGAAUGUUUAUAUAUAGUGGUUUAUGGAUAAUGAAACAAGCAGUACUGUAUUUGAGAUAGAAAGCCAGGACAUUUCCAGCUCCGUACUGUACUCGCUCUGUUUGAAAAUAUUUCUCAAAGAACAAAUGUAGCAGUAACAGAUUUUAGUGGAUUAGAAUUGUUUGAAUGUUGAACUUCGGGCAUAGAGUUGUAUCUCUGUUAUCUGCAGUUGGAUGUAGUUUCGAGAUACUAUAGUUACAUUUUGUGAAUUUCUUUGGUUCAUUUAUUUGCAGCUGCGUCAAAUAUCAGAUGCCAGUGAACUGAUUGGAUAUGGUUGUUAUUGGUUGUGGUCCAGCUGGUCUAGCUUUGGCAGCAAAAUCGCCUAUAGUUGGAUUAAAAGUUGGCCUUGUUGGUCCUGAUCUUCCUUUUGCAAUUCCUUUUGCAAAUAACUACGACAUUUGGGAAGAUAAAAUCAGAGCUACUACUUCCAUAUAUACUGCAUUAUAAAGAAUUCUUGAUACUAUUUCAUUGAAGUAGAGAUUUGUUCUGUUUUUCCAUAAGCUAAUUCAUAUUGGUCAUUUAAUAAUGUGAUUUUAGUAAAAUAAUGUAAUAUGAAGGAGGACGACAUAAUGGCGUCCAAGUUACUAAUAUCAUGUAAUAUUGUUUUACUAAUAGCCAACCGGUUUCUUUUCCUUCCUAAAUUAAACAAUUCGAAAAGAAAAACAAACCAAACCUUGAAUGAGAAACACGAAUCUUCCUCAGGCGUACUCCAUCAACAGAAGAAACCGAUUUGUUCUGUUUCUCUUUUUACGAGUCGAAUUCAUAUUCUGCAACUCUGAAUUGAGUUUUUUGAUACAUAUAUCCUAAAUACAUUAGUGGAAAGGUAGAUACGAUGAUCCAUAAUGAUAAAAAUACAGUCUGUUGAUGGAGGCCAAUACAUUCGUAUCAGUGUGGAGGUGGAGGUGGAUAUCUCCAAACCGCUCUUGUCUAAAUUUCGCUUAAAUGAGAGUGUGUUGAUGGUGCAGUACUGCAGUUUGAAGGUUUGAUGCAAAUUUUCUUUAAAUGUGGUAAUCUGGGUCAUAAAGAAUGAAAUAAGGUGAUAAUCUUGAUUUAAAUGUUGGAGUAGUUGCUUGAAAUGAGCUUGAUAGUCAUACAUGCACAAAGUCCGCGUCCAGAAGAACACAAUGCUUAUGGUUAUUGUGGUUUCUCAUUAUGUAGUCCUGAGUUUGUUAUGUGAUUCUGUAGUUUUCUUCUUUUGUUGUAGAAGGUGAAGAAAGAAGCGGAAAAUAGAAUCAAGAUAAUGAGGUUUUCUUAUCUUUUGUCUUGUGUUGAUAUACUUAAAAUUAAAGAACUUUUUUACUAUCCUGAUGAAGUUAGAUAUUUGCUGAAAUGAGUAACCAUUUUAUUUGGCUGCUAGGUUCAGGUGUGCUUGCUUCUCUCUAUUCUUUGGCUCGAAAGGACAAGGCAGCAUUCGAAGCGACAAUAGAAUCUGUCUGAAAAAGGAUUGAGAAAAAUGUCAAGUGCUCAUGCAGAUUUUAGGGCAUUGUCUCUGAAAGAAGUUCGUUCUUCAUCUGAUGGAACUUAAAAAAGUGACAAAUGAACUCUCUUAUUGUUGCAGUCUUGCAAAUACCAAUACUAUUUACCGUCAUCAUGCUUUUUCUAUUGUUGAGCCAAUUAAAUUUCUCAGUUUGUUUCCUUUCAUUGUUUGUACCUAAUUUGGCAUAAUAUCUUUUCAGGAACAAUGAGUCAAGAACAUCGUCCUAAAUUGGGUCGAGGAGCACUAUUUGAAGUAUGAUCAAGCAUUCGAGUUUUCCCUAUAUGAACUCCUUAGACUGUUAGUGUUAUUUAUUUAGUUUAUUCCAAACUUUUAGUUUCUAAGGCACAAUAUUUUUUUAGAUGAUUAUAUAUAUAUUUGCAUACGGUGUUAGAGUGAAA